CAAGGGUGUAGAAUCACUCCACGUGGUACGUGACACUUCGUUUUUUUACACCCUGUACAGUAUUUGCAUAUGGUCAAACUGGUACAGGGAAAACAUUUACCAUGGAAGAAAUCAAUAGCGAUCGAAAUUUACUUUGCCAGAGCGAUUCAUCUGCUGGUGUGAUUCCGCGUUCUUUAAGUCAUUUAUUUGACAAAUUGGAUUUAUUAGACUACACAAUUAGAGUUAGUUUUCUAGAACUUUAUAAUGAAGACUUAUUUGAUCUUUUAUCAUCUAAUGAUGAUGGAUCUAAAAUAAGAUUAUGUGAAGAUGCAUCAAAGAAAGGUGCUGUAAUUAUUCAUGGACUGGAAGAAGUAACAAUCCAUAACAAAAGUGAAGUUUAUAAAAUUCUAGAAAAGGGAUCAGGAAGAAGACAAACUGCUGUAACAAUGAAUAGUCAAUCCAGCCGAUCUCAAACUGUGUUUUCGAUUACCGUACUAAUGAAAGAAAAUACAUCCGACGGAAAAGAAGUAUUAAAAACGGGAAAAUUAAAUUUAAUAAAUCUAGCAGGGAGUGAAUACGUUGGAAGAUCCAGUGCUGUUGGAAAGAAAGCAAGAGAAGCUGGUAGUGUUAAUCAGUCUUUAUUAACUCUUGGUAGAGUCAUAACAGUUGUCGUUGAAAGAGCACCUUACAUACUUUACCGAGAAUCAAAACUGACAAAACUGCUACAAGAGUCACUCGAUGAUCGCAUAAAAGCUUCUAUUAUUGCUACAAUAUCUCCUGCUGCAAUUAAUCUUGACGAAACACUCUCAACAUUAGAUUAUGCUUAUCGUGCAAAGAAUAUUACUAAUCGUCCGAAAAUAAUUUAAUAUUCGAAGAAAGAAUUCUUUAAACAGUAUACAGUGGAAAUUGAGAGAUUACGAAAAGAUUUGGAAGCAACACGUGAAAAGAAUGGUGUUUAUCUAACGGAUGAAAAUUAUGAAGAGAUGAUUACAAGCAUUGAUUACUCAAUAGAAUAAAGAAAUAGAGGAGAAAAUAAAUCAUAUUAAAGGGCUUGAAAAAACUAUGCAAGAUAAGGAAAGAAAUAAUGAAUUUCUUCGUUAUUUAUUAUUAUCAUUACUGUUAUAAAAUUAUAGAUAUUCUGUUAUAGAAAAUAUACAUAUAAUGAACUUGAAUUACAAACAAUUGUUCAAAUGAAGGAGUCGUACGAAGUUAAAGCUAAAUUAGAUAAUGUUAUGGGUGUUCUGAAAUCUACGAACGAGAUAAACAAAAAUAUCUAUUAGAAAAAUAUGUUAAUACAGAGUAGUCUUUGUUAAACCAAGCUGAAAAUUUACUAAAUGUUGCUGAUACAGCAACAUCAGAUUCAAAUAAAUUACACGAUAAGAUUGGCCGCAGAACGUUAAAGAAGCGCAGCAAAAAGUACUUAGAUACGGAUAAAGAUAAAAUUCUUUCAUUGAUUGAUGUAAGUUUAAACCAUCUUUGUAACAAGAUAUUAAAAAACAGCUUUCGGUAAAUGGAUUUUUUCUUUGUAGGAUACGCAGAAAAUAGUUAUUUUUUAUAGGGUCAACCCCUGGUAGGAAAGAAUUUUCAUAUCUCCGUCAGUUUGUUGCAACAUCACCCCACGAUCUUCUUAAAAACGCUAUAGCUUCACCAAAUACCGUACCCUCAACUUCGCUUACAUUUUUAGUGAUGUUAUUCCCUUCUAACGUUGCAGUUUCGACUGCUUCGAAUUGUUUCUUGGAAAAAAAAAAAAAAAAAAAAAGAAGAAGAA